GGGCUGGGCAGUACAGCUGAGGCUCGGGGAAAAGAAGAAGCAGCUUCUGCGGCUGGAUCUCCUCUCUCGGGGUGACAGAGCCCGGGGAGCAGGCAGCACAGGCGCGCGUGGCCCUCCUUCCUGUUCUCCUCCCCUGCGGUUCACCAGCCUUGCAGCCACUUCCCCUGGAGCAGGACCAGGACAGGCACGAGGACCUGCUAUGGGCCACCUGCUUCAGCUUCUCCACCUGGCCGCAUCCAUCUCGACAGUCCUGGCCAAUUGGGGUGUCUCCCGCCCUGUGGCCGUGCAGGGCGUGAAGGGGUCCUGCCUCGUCAUUCCCUGCAUCUUCAGUUUCCCUGACAGCGUGGAGGUGCCCCACAGCAUCACAACCAUCUGGUACUAUGACUACUCGGGAAAUCGGCAGGUGGUUUACCACUCGGGGGGCUCCCAGCAGGUAGAGGCACGCUUUCGUGGCCGUGCCCAGCUGCUGGGGAAUGCCGAGCACAGGGUGUGCAACCUGCUGCUGAAGGACCUGAGCCCCCAGGACUCGGGCGCCUACAGCUUCCGCUUCGAGAUCAGUGAUAUCAACCGCUGGGUAGAUGCCACAGGCACAGCGGUCACUGUGACAGAGGAGCCCAGUGUGCCCACCAUUGCCUCACCGUUACAACUUCGCGAGGGCAUGGAGGUGGACUUCAACUGCUCCACUCCCUACGCGUGCCUGCAGGAGCCCGUCAGCCUGCAGUGGCAAGGCCAGGACCCAGCUCGCUCCGUCACCUCCCAGUUCCAGAAGCUCGAGACCACGGGCAUCAUCCACCGGGAGACCCUCCACAUGGCCCUGACCUGGCAGGACCACGGCCGGACCUUGAGCUGCCAGCUCUCGGUGGCCGGACACAAGACACAGGGCGAGAUUCUCCUCCAAGUGCAGUAUGCCCCCAAAGCUGUGGAGAUCCUCCUCAGCCCCUCGGAGGGGAACAUUCGCUCAGGUGAUCUGGUCACACUCACCUGCAGGGUGAGCAGCAGCUACCCCACGGUCAGUUCUGUGCAGUGGCUCAAGGAUGGGACGCCCCUCAAAUCCCAGAGUUUUGUGCUGCAGUUGCCCCAGGCAUCCUGGGACGAUGCUGGAGUCUACACCUGCCAAGCCAGGAAUGAAGUUGGCUCUUCAGUCUCACCCCCUUUCAGCCUCCACAUCUUCAUGGCUGAGGUCGAGAUGAGCCCAGCAGGCCCCAUCCAGGAGAACCAGACAGUGACGCUGACCUGCAACGUGCCUAAAGAAGCACCCAGCGGGCUGCGCUACAGCUGGUACAAGAACCAUGUCCUGUUGGAGGAUGCUCACAGCCCUACCCUCCAGCUGCGCUCGGCUACCAGGGCCGACACCGGCUUCUACGUCUGUGAGGUGCAGGAUACCCAUGCCAGGGAGCGCUCUAAGCCCGUCAGCGUGGUGGUCAUCCACCCACCCCUUGCCCCCCACCUAACUGCCUUCCUGGAGAUGAAGGCAGGGCUGGUGGGCAUCCUCCAAUGCUCCGUGGUCAGUGAGCCCAUGGCCACCCUGGUGCUGUCACACGGGGGACUUGUCCUGGCCUCUACCUCUGGCGAGGAUGACCUCGGCCCACGCUUCAGUGUCUCCUCUGCCCCCAACUUUCUGCGCCUGGAGAUCCGAGACCUGGGGCUAGCCGACAGCGGGGACUACACGUGCACAGCCACCAACUCCUUUGGGAACACGUCCUCCACCCUGGACUUCCAAGCCAAUGCGGCCCACCUCCUCAUCAGCCCAGCAGCAGAGGUGGUGGAAGGGCAGAUGGUGACGCUGAGCUGCCGGAGUGGCCUGAGCCCAACGCCUGACGUCCGCUUCUCCUGGUACCUGAACGGAGCCCUGCUUCUCGAGGGGCCCAGCAGCAGCCUCCUGCUCCCCGCGGCCUCCCGCUCUGAUGCCGGCUCAUACUACUGCCGCGCCCAGGACAGCCACGGCGCCAGCGGGCCCUCCUCGCCUGCCGUCCUCUCAGUGCUCUACGCCCCCUGCCGGCCCACCCUCACCGCCCGGCUGGACCCCUACACUGAGGGCCUCGGAGAUGGCCGUCGAGGCUUCCUGGAGUGCCGUGUGGACAGCAACCCGCCCGCCCAGCUGCGGCUGCUCCACGGGGACCGUGUAGUGGCUACCUCCCCGGUACCGGGGGGCGGGUGCAGCACGUGUGGGGGCUGCUCCCAGCGCGUAAAGAUCAACCGAGCCCCGAACCUGCUGGGCGUGGAGAUUCUCGACCCCGUGCUGGAGGACGAGGGUGUGUACCUGUGCGAGGCCAGCAACACCCUGGGCAACGCCUCCUCCUCCGUGACCUUCGAUGCUCAGGCCACCGUCCUGGUCAUCACUCCGUCGCACUCGCUGCCAGAGGGCACCGGCGCCAACCUGACUUGCAGUGUUCGACGGGAAGCCGGUGGAGGCCCUGCCAACUUCUCUUGGUUCCGGAACGGGGCACUGUGGACCCAGGGCCCCCUGGAGACGGUGACGCUGCUGCCCGUGGCCAGAACAGAUGCCGCUCUCUACGCCUGCCGCGUCCUCUCUGAGGCCGGCACCCAGCUCUCCGGCACCCAGCUCUCCGCCCCCGUGGUCCUGAGUGUGCUCUAUCCCCCGGACCCUCCGAAGCUGUCAGCCCUCCUGGACGUGGGCCAGGGCCACACGGCUGUGUUUGUCUGCACCGUGGACAGCAGUCCGCCGGCCCAGCUGACCCUGUUCCGUGGGGAACACCUCUUGGCUACCAGCCUGGGGCCCCAGCUCCCAUCCAGUGGCCACUUCCAUGCCAAGGCCAUGGCCAACUCCCUGCAGCUAGAGAUCCGAGACCUGGGCCUUGGGGACUCUGGCAGCUACCGCUGUGAGGCCACAAAUGACCUCGGAUCAGCCAACACCUCCCUCUUCUUCCAGGUCCGAGGAGCCUGGGUCCAGGUGUCACCAUCACCCGAGCUCCAGGAGGGUCAGGCCGUGGUCCUGAGCUGCAAAGUACCCACGGAGGCUCUGGAAGGAACCUCAUACCGCUGGUUUCAUGAUGGCCAGCCUCUCCAGGAGUCGACCUCGGCCACACUCCGCUUUGCAGCCAUAACUUUGAGCCAAGCCGGGGCCUAUCACUGCCAAGCCCAGGCUCCGGGCUCAGCCACCACAAGCCUGGCCACCCCCGUCAGCCUCCACGUGUCCUAUGCCCCACGCCAGGCCACACUCACCACCCUGAUGGACACUGGCCCUGGGCGACUGGGCCUCCUCCUGUGCCGUGUGAACAGCGACCCUCUGGCCCAGCUACGCCUGCUCCGUGGGGACAGCCUGGUGGCCUCCACCCUUCAAGGCGCAGGGGAACUGGCAGGCAGCUCUCCCAGGAUGACGGUGGCUGUGGCCCCCAACACACUGCGCCUGGAGAUCCGCGACGCAGGGCUGGAGGACGAGGGAGUCUACACCUGCGAGGCCACCAACACCCUCGGCCAGACCUCGGCCUCAGCCAGUUUCGAUGCCCAGGCUGUGAGUGUGCAGGUGUUGCCAAAGGCCAGCGUGCAGGAGGGCCAGCCGGUGAACCUGACCUGCCUUGUGUGGACCAGGGACAAGGCUCAGCUCACCUACACCUGGUACCAAGACGGGAAGCAGCGCCCAGGUGCCCACUCCAUCUACCUGCCCAAUGUCACAGUCACCGAUGCUGCCUCCUACCACUGUGGUGUGGUGACCCCUGGCCAGGCACCACGCUUCUCCGGACCUGUCAUCCUUGAUGUCCUCUAUGCGCCCCGCAGCCUGCGCCUGACCUACCUCCUGGAGAGUCGUGGUGGGCGGCUGGCCCUGCUACUGUGCACUGUGGACAGCCACCCACCCGCCCAGCUGGCCCUCAGCCAUGCUGGUCGCCUGCUGGCCUCCUCGACCGAAGCCUCUGUGCCCAACACCCUGCGCCUGGAGCUGCGGGAGCCCAGGCCCAGGGAUGAGGGUCUCUACAGCUGCUCAGCCCGCAGUCCUCUGGGCCAGGUCAACACGUCCCUGGAACUGCGGCUAGAGGGCGUGCAGGUGACCCUGGCUCCGUCAGCCGCUGUGCCCGAGGGGGCCUCCAUCACAGUGACCUGUGAGGACCCUGCUGCCAGCCCACCCACCCUCUAUACCUGGUAUCACAACAACCGUUGGCUGCAGGAAGGGCCCUCCACCUCCCUCUCAAUCCCGGUGGCUACGAGGGCUCAUGCCGGUGCCUACUCAUGCCAAGUCCAGGAUGCCCAGGGCACACGCAGUUCCAGGCCUGCAGCCCUGCAAAUCCUCUAUGCUCCUCGGGAUGCAGUCCUGUCCUCCUUCCGAGACUCAAGGGCCAGCCCCAUGACUGUGGUGCAGUGCACCGUGGACAGCGAGCCACCUGCCGAGCUGGCCCUGUCGCGGGAUGGCAAGGUACUGGCCACCAGCCACGGGGCCCAUGGCUUGGCAUCGGGGACGGGCAAUGUCCAGGUGGCCCGCAACGCCCUGCGGCUACAGGUGCAAGAUGUGCCCUCAGGUGAUGAGAACACCUAUGUCUGCAAGGCCCACAAUCUGCUGGGCUCAGUCAGCACCACAGGGCAGCUACAGGCAGAAGGUGUGCAUGUGGUGGCCGAACCAGGCCUGGAUGUGCCGGAGGGUGCCGCACUGAACCUGAGUUGUCAUCUUCCUGGUGGCCCCAGGCCCAUGGUCAACUCCACUUUCACUUGGUUCUGGAAUGGUCGGCAACUAUAUGCAGAGCCUGUGCCCACCCUUUCCUUCUCCUACGUGUCCCGUGCCCAAGCUGGAGUGUACCACUGCCGGGCUGAGCUCCCCACGGGGACCACCACCUCUGCUCCAGUCAUGCUCCGUGUGCUCUACCCUCCCACGACACCCACCAUGACGGUCUUUGUGGAACCUGAGGGCGGCAUCCAGGGUAUUCUGGACUGCAGAGUGGACAGCGAGCCCCUAGCCAGCCUGACCCUCCACCUUGGCAGUCGAGUGGUGGCCUCCAGCCAGCCCUUGAGCGCUCCAGCAGAGCCCCACAUCCACGUCUCAGCCACCCCCAACGCCUUGAGGGUGGACAUUGAGGAGCUGAGGCCCAGUGACCAGGGAGAAUACGUGUGCUCUGCCUCCAAUGUCCUGGGCUCCGCCUCUGCCUCCACCUACUUUGGAACCAGAGCCCUGCAUCGCCUGCACCUGUUCCAGAGCCUACUCUACUUCCUGGGGCUGCUGGCUGGCCUCCUCGUCCUCCUGUUGGCCCUGGGAGCCUGCUACGUCUGGAGGAGACGUUUUCAUAAGCUGAGAAUGGGUGAGAAUUCCGUGGAGAUGGCUUCUCAGAAGGACAUCAUGCAGGAGGAGGACUCCAAUGGAAUCUCUGAUGACUUGGUCCUGGUAAACAAGGCUGCAAUGGAUCCUGACCCCCUCUGUGAAAAAAACGCUGUGACAUCUAACAUUCUAUGACCUGAUUCCAAACCUCUUGCCCCCAAGGAAAUAGGUGGUGAGAGUAGGGAGUGAACCCUAAUAUACCCAGGAGGAUGUUGACCUUGGAGGACACUGAAGAAAAAGGAGUUGAUCAUGUUGUCCACUUCUUCUCUUUUCUCUGAAUCUCAUCUCUCCAUUUAUCUUCCAAUAUACCUCCUCCUCACAUCCUUCUUGUCCAAACCCAUUCUGGACUGUUUGGAUGGAUUAGAAGAGGAGCUUUCUACUCCUCACACUGUACUAGCACUCUGUACUAGCUAUAAUAUAAGUGCUCUAACAAGAGACCAAAUACAGUAACUUCAACUUGAGAAAAUUUUAUUUCUCUCUCCCAUAUUAGUCUGGAUAUGUUAUUGUGGUUUAAAUUGCUGGUGCUCUGGUUCCUUCUAGCUUAUC